AUGGAAGUGUGCCUUGCGUCUUUUGAUGCGCCAGCCGCCAGCAUGGCGAACAUAAUCGAUGAUGUUGUGAAACGGCUGGCCACCCCGGAAAUCGAGGCUAGGCUGCGAAUAGAGGCCGCAUCGGCCUUGCGCGACAACCUCGAUCAUUAUACCGCCGGUCCCAUCUACCCCGUUUUCCUGAGGAAGGUGAUGCCGGCUUUCAUCAUCAUCCUUAGGGGUCCUGCCAUCUUCCACAGCAACUCCCCAGAGCAGAAACUGCGCAACUGCCCUGCUCCCGCGCUCGAACCCUAUGGCGAAGAGCUCGUCGAUCUCCUGAUGAAUCUUGUGCGACAGGAUAACGAAGAGAAUGCCGUCAUCUGCGUGAAGAUUAUCUCGGAAAUCUUGCGGCACCUGCCGAGACAGCUCUCGGCCAAGAUCCAGCCCUUCCUUUCCCUCAUCCAAGAAAUCUUUGGUCAGACGGAUAGGAUAGUGAAAGAGCAGCUCGAUAAUACCUCGCUAUCAGCUAGCGCCAACCCUGGCGCGCCCUCUACACCUGGAAGCACUCAAACUAACUUCCAGUCCCCGCGUCCUGGCUCACCCGUCGCGUCCGUGAACGAUCUCGGCCCCGACCCCCAACAGCAGAACCGAAUGCUCGUCAAGGGUAUGCAAUCUUUUAAAGUGCUUGCGGAAUGCCCGAUAAUAGUAGUCUCCAUUUUCCAAGUGUCGCGCCAGCUUGUUGCCCAUAAUGUCAAGCUCUUCGUUCCUACAAUCACGAACGUUCUCCUGUUGGAAGCCAGCGCCCAAAAGCAGGCGCAUGAGGAGGCCAAGGCCAAAGGCGAAAUUUUUACGGGUGUCAGUCCUUUGAUCAAGAACCGAGCCGCAUUUGGCGACUUCAUCACGGCGCAGGUUCUCCCCGAUGUCGUUGUUAGGCUUUUAAAGGACUGUCCCCGUGAGAAAUCCAGCGCGAGAAAAGAGCUACUUGUCGCCAUUCGGCACAUCAUCAAUUAUUCAUCACCACGAAUCUUCUUGAACAAGAUCGAUGAGCUUUUGGACGAGAGGACAUUGACUGGAGAUGGGGUCACUGUGUAUGAGACGAUGAGGCCCCUCGCGUACAGCAUGCUCGCCGAUCUCAUCCACCAUGUCAGGGAUCUUUUGAAACCGGAACAGAUUCGGAAGACUGUCGAGGUGUACACCAAGAACUUGCAAGACGACUUUCCCGGAGCAAGUUUCCAAACUAUGAGUGCUAGGCUUCUUCUGAAUAUGGCCGAAUCCAUCGCCAAGAUGCCCAACAAAGUCGACGCUAGGCACUACUUGAUGAAGAUAUUAAACUCCAUUGCGGACAAGUUUGCGGCGAUGAAUCGCCAGUAUCCCAACGCUGUUAAGCUCUCCAAGAAGUACGCCCAACAAGCGGCAGAUGGCGUCACAGAACCUUACCUCCCGGAUAAGAGGAAUCUCAUGAAUGGUUUGAAAAACACCUUUUAUCAGCUUCGUGCCUGUAACGUCGGCCAGGGCGUCGACCCUAAGAAUGCACCUCCCCACUGGCAGGAUGUUGCGUUUGGCUUCACUGCCGAAGAGGUCAAAGUCAUCACGAAACUUUUCAGAGAGGGCGCUCACGGCUUCCGGUAUUACGAAGUCGAGAAGUCCGCGACUGAGGUGCAAGCAACCUCACCGGUGGAAUAUGUCGCCAAUGUCAAUUGUAGCAAGGAAGAGAAGGACCUACUUGAGACGUUUGCGACAGUCUUCCAUUACAUCGACCCCGCUACCUUCCACGAAGUUUUCCAGCAAGAGAUACCCCGACUUUAUGAAAUGAUAUUUGAGCACACUGCCCUUCUGCAUAUACCCCAGUUUUUCCUCGCCAGCGAGGCCACCUCCCCGAGCUUCUGCGGCAUGCUUCUCCGCUUCCUAAUGGACCGGAUUGACCAAGUCGUUCUGCUUCCCCACGUUGUCGAUAUUGUCACCAAGUCCAUCGACCUCUCCUCCAAGGCCGAGGAGCCCAUUAAUUACUUCCUCCUCUUGAGGUCUCUCUUCCGUAGCAUCGGCGGCGGCAAGUUUGAGCACCUAUACAAGCAGAUUCUUCCACUUCUGGAAAUGCUGUUGGAUGUGCUCAACAACCUUCUCAUGGUUGCUCGGAAACCUUCGGAGCGCGACUUGUACGUCGAGUUGUGUCUUACGGUCCCGGCUAGGCUUAGCAACCUUUUGCCGCAUCUUAGUUUUCUGAUGAGGCCUCUUGUUGUCGCCCUGCGCUCAGGCACCGACCUUGUUGGCCAGGGCCUUCGAACCCUGGAGCUUUGCGUGGACAAUUUGACCGCCGAUUAUCUGGACCCUAUCAUGGCUCCGGUGGUGGACGAGCUCAUGACCGCCCUGUUUGACCAUCUCAAGCCGCAUCCCUACAGUCACUUCCACGCGCACACUACCAUGCGCAUCCUGGGGAAGCUCGGCGGACGCAACCGGAAAUUUACAACCGACACGCAACAGCUCAACUUCCAAGAGUUUGCCGAUGAUCCAGCAAGUCUCCAGCUCCGUUUGGUUGGCUCGAAGAAGGACCGUCCGUUUCCUGCCGAAAUCGGCAUCGACCUUGCGAUUAGGAAACUCUCCGAAAUUCCUAAGCCGACUACGAAAGGUAGUCAGGGCCGUCAACAUGAUCUGUAUUACAAGUCCCAGGCACUCUCGUUUCUCAAGGCACAGUUAAAGUUGCGCAUCGGUUUUGAUGGGCUCCCGGAAGACUACCCGCGACUUAUUCGGCUCCAGGUCCAAGAUUUGCUCUAUUCCCAAAAGGACGGCCAGGAUGAUCUUGUCAGGCGGCUUCUCAAGGCUCUCAUUGCCGCAGAGGCAAUGCCGGAAUUCAAAGAGGGCUCAGACGGCUUCUUGAUGAAUGUAUGCAGGCACCUUACCAUCAUCGAGGUAGGUAGGGCCGUCAUCGACGUGAAGCGAGUCAUGACACCGUUUGACCAGCUCGCUGGUGAGGGACCUUUUUGUAUCGACGCCCGGGUUCUCGGUGACGCCAUUGUAGAAUCGCUUGCAUCUGAUCAAAUUCAGGUCCGCGAGGUUGCGCAGGCUGCCUUGCGAGAGAUUCACCGGUCAACUGCCACUAUUUUCGGCUCUGAGAUAGGGGUCGCUCGGCUCCCCUUCUUCACCUACAUGUCGACAACAUUCUGCCACAGCUGCUACGAGGAAGAGUGGUUCACAAAAACCGGUGGCACCCUUGGUAUCAAGUUCCUAUUGACCGAAUUCGACUUGGGUGACUAUUGGCUCGCUUCGAAGCAGAACGAAUUUAUUCGGGCUCUAUUAUACGUCAUCAAAGACAUCCCGCAGGAUCUACCGGAGCGAACAAGGCGCUAUGCCCAGGAGACUCUAGAGAUCCUGCUCAAACGCCUGACAAAGAGUGCAAAGAAGGAGGAUGUUACACCGGCACGGCCCCAGCCUGGCCAGCCUCCUGUGAAGCCUCCUCGGUUGGCCCAGAUCUGCAUGCUCUUCAACAGUGAGCUGUGCAACAUGAACCCUCACAUUCGAGAGACUGCAAAGCGGUCUCUAGAACUCAUUGCGACGGCUGCAAACUGUGAGGUCUGGGAGCUUGUCGAACACUACCGCGAUCGUCUCUUGCAACCUAUUUAUGCCAAGCCCCUCCGCGCUCUUCCGUUUGCCGUUCAAAUUGGCUACAUCGACGCCGUCACUUACCACAUGAGCCUCAAGCAGGAUUGGGUAACGUUUGAUGACAACCUCAAUCGCAUGCUGAUGGAAUGUCUGGCGCUCGCCGAUGCAAGCGACGAGUCCUUGGCCAACAAACCCGCGGAGUACAGGACACAGGAAAAUAUUGUGGCCUUGCGAGUAGCCUGUAUUAAGCUUCUCAGCACAGCAGUAGCGUUCCCCGAGUUUUCCAAGGGAGCCCUAGCCGCGACACGAACCAAGUUCGUCGCUGUCUUCUUCAAGUCACUUUAUUCGAUUGUCUCUCCUACGACCAAGCUGCCCAAGGAAUUGCUCCAAGGUGGUUUGAGGCCCGUCCUCGCUAAUCUCGCGGAUGCUAAGAAGCUCACCGAACAUGGCCUCAACAAUCUUGCUCGUAUUCUUAAGCUGCUGACGAAUUACUUUAAGUUGGAAAUCGCCGAUGGUUUUAAGGAGCGUCUCAUCCAUACCGUGCUUGACCUCGAGGAACAGCUUCGCCGGACACAAAUGAGCCCGUUCAGGGCGCCUCUCUUCAAGUUCAUCAACAGAUACCCUAAGGAAGUAUGGGGAUUCCUCCUCAGCAAGUUGGGCGAGCUCAAGUACGGUCGCUUCUUGGCGCAGGCCCUCGACGAUCCGGAUAGCGUCGCCCUGCGAGAGGCCGCUACAGCCGACAUCGAAAACUUGAUCAAGAAGUGUGUCGAGAUUGGUCAGAAGCAGGCUGAUAUGAAGUCUACCGCCGCCAUCAAUGCCAUCAACAUUCUCGACUCCUCAGCAGCAAACUCUUCGCAACUUCACCCUUCCCCUCAGCUUCGUCUUCCCGCUGACCAGGCGGCUGAGCAACUUGUAUCCAUCCUUGUUAAGGCCUUGGAACAGUCCCCCAAGGAUCUUGACCCUCUCCUGAGUUUGAUCCACUCGGUCACGGUUGGAGAAUUUAGGGCGACUCACCCCUUGUACGCCCACAUCUAUAAAUUCAUCAUUUGCAGUGACUCGGUCGAACUUUGGAAGGCCGUAUUCUUCAAGUGCCUUGAAGUCUACGGAAGCAAAACGGCUGCUCAGAAGACGAAGUGGUUCCUCCUACAUUACAUUGUCAACCCAAUCAUCGCCAUGGAUGUCAUGCGAAACUGGGACCAGCCGGAGUCGGUCAAGGGCCCUAAGCUGAUGGAUCGAGCCGUUCUGGAUGCUGUCUCGACCAGGAUGUGGAGGCUCAUCUCCGACAUGAAUAUCGAUGAUACUGCGCAGCCCGGUAUCGACCACACUCGAUUCGAGGUGCUGCAGCUGUCAGCUAUGAUUGUCAAGUACUACCACACGUCGCUCCAGGAUUCGCGCAAGGACAUCAUCAAGUUCGGCUGGACAUAUAUACGCCUCGACGAUGUUAUCAUCAAGCAUGCUGCUUACGUAGUAAUUGGCUACUUUAUAGCUUUAUUCGAGACGCCAGCCAAGAUCCCAACACAAAUCUACGUUUCUCUCCUACGGAUUAACCAGAAUGAAGGGAGGGCAUUGGUUAGCCAAGCCUUGGAGUUGGUGGCACCUGUUCUACCCAAGAGAUGCAAUACUCUACCUAAUGAGCGCAGCAACGCCUGGGCUCUGGCCCCGCGGCGCGUCCUCGCGGACGAGGGUCAGAACAAUCAUCAAAUGACAUCGAUCUUCCAGUUCUUGGUGAAGCACCCAGACCUCUUUUACGAGGCACGAGACAAAUACGUCAUGCUCAUCAUCUCGUCCCUCCGAAAGGUGGCGUCGCCACCGAAUCCUACCAGCGAGAAUCGCAAGCUUGCGCUGGGCAUGAUGUGGCUGAUUUGGCAAUGGGAGCAACGCCGGGUCGAGGGCAAAACUGCUACCGAGACGCCAGCCCCCGAUUCUCCCGCUUCGAGGAAACGCGGGCCAGACUCCGAGACCCCCGCCUCCGCAUCACCGGCCGCAUCUCGCCAGGGAGCCCCAAACGCCAGAGCCUUGUCCGAGUCCCCAAACACUAAGAAGCGAAAGCUCGAAGGCGAUCAACAACAAGUCCGACUUUAUCAUCCCCCCAUUGCCCGCCAGAAGAUGGUUAAGUACCUGAUCGAGUUCAUUGCUCAGCUCAACGACCGAUUCCCCCUCCAGUCCGCCAAACCCAAGGAUGCUCCCGCAGCUGGGACAGUCGCCUCCCCAUCCACCGGGGAACUUGCGAAGAAGUCUAUCCAGUUGCUUUACAAUCUGCUACAGCCGCAAUACUGGGGUGAUCUCGAGUUGGAUACCUUCCCCGCGAUAACCAACGGCAUUCUGGCAUCAGAGAAAACACAGACGGUACUCACGGCUGACCCAACGGAUAAAGAAAAAUAUGACGAGAAGUUCAUGACGAGCAUCAUUAACACUCUGAUGGUUGUUCGUGUCAUCCUGAACUUCAAGUCAGACGAGUGGAUCAACAAGAGUCUGAGCUCAAUCCUAAAGAUUGUCGAUAAAUGUGUCAAAUCCGAGAAUCCUGAAAUCCAAGAUUGCCUUCACGUCGCGGACAAGAAUAUGGGCGAAGAGCAUGAGAUUGUCCCGAUCAUUAAGAGAGUUCUGGAUGCCGUUCCCGAGGAUGUUCCAAUGGAAGAUGCCGAUGGUGAAGGAGAAUCUGAGGUCCAGAUGUCAGAAACAAUUACCUCUCUCUCCACCAUUGCCGGCGAGCUGAUGGCUAAUGGCCAUUAUACCUCUGGUGUCAACCUGCUUUGGUCUUUGGGUCAACGAAAGCCUACGGUUAUUGAUCAGCACGUGCUGAUUCUCAUGAAGGCGUUGCAAAGCCGACUUGCGCGAGAACACGUCCAGCAUUAUACGUCCACCACCACUACUCAGACCACGCCACCCCGCUCGCAGGAUCCAAAUGCACCGACGACGACCGGAGAGAUGUCACCUUAUGAGCUUGAGACUCAGACCCAAAUCAUGCAAAGAGCCAUUAUUACCGUUGCGCUACGAAUGGAAGUCCUUGGCGACAACAGGAGGCCGUUCCUUAGUGUACUAGCCACACUCGUUGAGAAAUCAUACCACAUCCCCUUGUGUGAGGCUAUCCUCGAUAUGGUGGAAGGGUGGGUGUUUCGCUCAGAGGGAACAUGGCCGACGCUCAAGGAGAAGACUGCGGUUCUCCACAAGAUGCUCUCCUUUGAACACCGGCCCGAUCCGACGAUGCUGACCAAGUUCCUCAAUCUCGUUAUUCGUAUCUACGAGGACCCCAAGGUCACGAGAACAGAGUUGACUGUGCGCAUGGAACACGCAUUCCUCGUCGGAACCCGAGCGCAAGAUGUCGAGAUGAGAAACCGAUUCAUGACCAUCAUGGAUAAAAGCCUAUCGAAGACUGCCACAGCUCGCCUGGCGUAUGUCAUAUCCGAUCAAAAUUGGGCUAGUCUUGCCGACUCCUACUGGCUUGUUCAGGCUUCGCAACUUCUCCUUGGCGCCGUUGAGUCCAACGCUGCGGCCCAACUUAGCCGUGACGACUUUCAGACUUGGUCACCUUCUCAACUCACGUCCAUGUACGCCAAGGAUACUCGUGAGCCAAGCAUGAUUUGCGACGACAAAUUCGAGGCAUUUAUGACCGAGCACCGCAGGUUCCUUACUGAGCUUGGCGAUGUCAAGGUUCGCGACAUACUAGAGCCACUUGCGCAGCUGCAGCACAUCGACUCCAAGGUCGCCCACCAACUCUGGACGACGCUCUUCCCCAUGUUUUGGUCCGCAACUGCCAAGGAUGAGCGCAUGGACCUCCAGAAGGGUCUGGUUGCUUUACUAACUAAAGAGUACCACAACCGGCAGAUCGACAAGCGUCCCAAUGUGGUGCAAUCUUUGCUCGAGAAGGCUGCUAUCCAGCCCGAAGUUGAUUCUGCGACUGUGCGCGAGAGCAACCUGGAUGCGCUGGUCGAUUUGUACGCGUCUCUUGAGGAAGAGGACAUGUUCUACGGAACGUGGCGCCGUCGCUGCCAGUUUGUGGAGUCCAAUGCUGCUCUGUCCUACGAGCAAAAUGGCAUGUGGGACAAAGCCCAACGAAUGUACGAUGCGGCGCAAAUCAAGGCGCGCACUGGCGUUACGCCGUUCUCGCAGGCGGAAUACAUGCUUUGGGAGGAUCACUGGGUUCGCUGUGCUCAGAAGCUCCAGCAAUGGGAUAUGCUCCAAGACUUCGCGAAGCACGAGAACUUCCAAGAUCUCCUCUUGGAGUGUGCCUGGAGGUGCCAUGAUAUGUGGCAGGAUUCCACGCAUCGCGAUGGCCUGGACAAUAUUAUCAAGGGCUUCAUGGAUGCCCCGACACCCCGUCGCUUGUUCUUCCAGGCCUUCAUGUCACUCUUAAGAUUCCACAACACCCAGGAGUCUCUCAGCGAAUUUAACCGGGUGUGCGACGAAGCUAUUCAGUUGUCUAUUCGCAAGUGGUAUCAGCUCCCGGCGAAUCUGACCAAGGCACACAUACCCCUGCUUCAGAACUUCCAGCAGCUGGUAGAGCUCCACGAUGCUAGCAUCAUCUGCCAGAGCCUCGCCAAUACCACGCAGAGCAACCUCGACGUCAAGUCGGGCGAGCUGAAGCUGUUACUUGGUGCCUGGCGAGACCGACUUCCAAACGUUUGGGAUGACAUCCAGUCGUGGCAAGAUCUCGUCACAUGGAGGCAACACAUCUUUGGCCUCAUCAACCAAAAGUAUCUGCAACUCCUCCCCCAACCCGGUGGCCAAAAUGCGGGAGGCGCGUCAUUCGCGUAUCGAGGCUAUCAUGAAACGGCUUGGAUUAUCAACAGAUUCGCCCAUGUCGCACGCAAGCAUAGUCUCCCUGAGGUCUGCAUCAACCAGCUGAGUAGGAUUUACACGCUGCCGAACAUAGAGAUUCAGGAGGCGUUCCUCAAACUCCGUGAACAAGCAAGGUGUCAUUACGAAAACCCAGACGAGCUGCGAAAUGGCCUCGACGUAAUCAACAACACCAACCUCAACUACUUCUCGGCGCCUCAAAAGGCAGAGUUCUACACCCUUAAAGGCAUGUUCUUGGAAAAGUUGAAGGAGAAUUCGGAGGCGGACGCCGCAUUCGGAACCGCGCUGUACUUCGACAUCACCGCAGCCAAAGCGUGGGCGGAGUGGGGUUACUUCAACGAACGCAAGUUUAAGGAGAACCCUACCGACCUCAAUUCGGCCAAGCAGGCCCUUACGUCGUACCUCCAGGCUGUUGGUAGCUACAAGAGCCACAAGUGUCGCAAGCUCAUCUCACGCAUCCUCUGGCUUCUGACGCUGGAUAACAAUGAGGGUGUCAUUGCGUCGGGCUUCGACGACUACAAGGAGAAACGCCUGUGUGAUAUGUUCACCAUCAAGAAGAGCCAGGAAGCCAAGGAGAGGGUCGAGAAGGCGCGCAAGGCUCAGGCAGCCGCGGCAGGCGGAGCUAAUGGCUCUCCCGUCCAGGCGAAGACUGAGAAGCCCGACGGGUCGACGUCGAGACCCGGGACUGCAAACGGCGAAGCGGCCAAGGCGGACAACACCGGCGUUAAGACCGAGGCUGCCAAGGAGGGACAGAAGCCGCAGACGCCUGGAUCGCAAGGCCAGGGUGCCCAGCGGAAGCCCUGGGAGCUCAACGAUGAGAUUAUGACGACGCUGAAGACCGCAUUCCCGCUCCUCGCGUUGUCGAUGGAGACCAUGGUCGAUCAAAUUCAGAAGCAUUUCAAGUGCCCGCCCGACGAGGACGCAUAUCGCCUCAUCGUUGCUCUGCUGAACGAUGCUCUUGCCUACGUCAGCCGCAUGCCUGCCUCAUUCGCAAAGGACGUCAAGCUUCCGGCAGCGACGGAAACCAACAUCACCCGCUUUGCCGAGACCAUCCUUCCCUCGCAUAUCAAGAAGUCGUUUGAAGCUGAUUUCGUGCAAGUCAAGCCAACCAUACGCAACUGCCGCGUCUCCCUGGAGGGCUUCUCGCUUCACCUGAGCGAAUUCCAGUACCAAAAGUUUGACGACGUGGAUAUUCCCGGGCAGUACUUGCUGCACAAGGACAAGAACCAGGACUUUGUCAAGAUUGACCGUUUCUUGCCCAACGUGGACCUUGUCCGUACUAGCAGCGCGUCGUACAGGCGCCUGCGCAUGAGAGGUCGCGACGGAAGCAUCCACUCGUGGGCUGUCCAGCACCCGGCCGCCCGUCACUGCAGACGCGAGGAGCGGAUCCUCCAACUCUUCCGCCACCUCAACCAGACGCUCAGCAAGAAGAAGGAGAGCAGAAGACGGGACCUGCAGUUCACGCUACCCAUCAUGGUGCCGCUAGCGCCGCAUAUACGCAUCGUCAAGGAAGACGCUAGCUGGGUCACGCUCCAAGCGGUGUACGAGGACCACUGCCGCAGGAACAAGCUAUCCAAGGAUGAGCCUAUCCUCUUUGCCAUGGAAAAGCUGAGAGCCAUCCUGGAACCCAAAACAUCUCAUCGCCCUUCGGAGCAACACGCGACGGCCCGACUAGAGGUUCUCAACGCUAUCCAAGAGAAAUGGGUACCCCACACGGUGGUGCUAGACUAUUUCCAACGCAUUUACCCCGAGUUUGAAGACUUCUGGCUCUUCCGGCGACAGUUCUCGUACCAGCUCGCCGCUCUCACGUUCAUGACGUACAUUUUGUACAUGCACAACCGAUACCCGCAUAAGAUGCACAUCUCACGCGGCUCAGGCAACAUCUGGGGCUCGGAGCUCAUGGCGUACAUGGGGGUUAACAAGCCAUAUUUCGUCAACCCGGAGCUGGUUCCUUUCCGGUUGACCCCUAACCUCCAGACCCUCAUGGGCCCGCUCGCAACGGAAGGCAUCUUUAGCGUUGCGAUACUCGCAAUCGCCCGGUGCCUUACAGAGCCCGAGCUGGACCUUGAGCACAAUCUCACGCUCUUUGUCCGCGACGAGAUCUUGGUAUGGUUUACCACGUACAGCCACCGCAAGGAGCAGUUUAUGGAAGUUCCUUCGGACACGAUCCGCGAGACGGUGCAGCUCAAUACGGACCAGAUCGUGAAGCGUGCGGUCAGCCUUGCACAGAGCCCGCCAGGCAACCUCCCGGCGACGCAGACGGUGAUUGACUUGAUUGCGAAGGCGGUGAACCCGCUUAACUUGGCCCAGUGCGACGCGCUCUGGAUGCCAUGGUUGUAA